CCUGGGCUAGAGGCAAGCACCGACCUGCAGUGGGGAGCUCGAGGCCCAGCUGCCCGGAGGAGCAACCACGGCCUCGGAGGACUGGCAGGGAAGGUCCUUAGUCUUCCCUCUCCUGGUGUCUGAGAGCUCUCCUCACUGAAGGGUAAGCAGUCAGGAAGAAGAGGAGACAGGAAGACAGCCUGCCCGAGGCACCAUGUUCCGCAAGAAAAAGAAGAAACGCCCUGAGAUUUCAGCCCCUCAGAACUUCCAGCACCGCGUCCACACCUCCUUUGAUCCUAAAGAAGGCAAGUUCGUGGGCCUCCCCCCGCAAUGGCAGAACAUCCUGGACACACUUCGGCGCCCCAAGCCCGUGGUGGACCCUUCCCGGAUUACACGGGUGCAGCUCCAGCCCAUGAAGACUGUGGUUCGGGGCAGCUCUGUGCCCAUGGACGGCUACAUCUCGGGGCUGCUCAAUGACAUCCAGAAGUUGUCACUCAUCAGUUCCAACACCCUGCGUGGGCGCAGCCCCACCAGCCGAAGGCGGGCACAGUCCCUGGGGCUGCUGGGGGAGGAGCACUGGGCUGCCAACCCGGACAUGUACCUGCAGAGCCCCCAGUCUGAGCACACUGACCCCCACAGCCUCUACCUCAGCUGCAAUGGGGGCACACCGGCAGGCCACCAGCAGAUGCCGUGGCCUGAACCACAGAGCCGACGGGUCCCACCCAAUGGGCUGGCCACCAAGGCACAGUCCCUGGGCCCCGCCGAGUUCCAGGGUGCCACACAGCGCUGCCUGCAGCUGGGCGCCUGCCUGCAGAGCUCCCCACCAGGCGCCUCACCCCCUGCAGCCAGCGGGAGGCGGGGGACCAAGGCUGCCAGGCAUGGCUCUGAGGAGGCCAGGCCACAGUCGUGCCUGGUGGGCUCAGCUGCGGGCAGGCCGGGGGGAGAGGGCAGCCCCAGCCCUAAGACCCAGGAGAGCAGCCUGAAGCACAAGCUGUUCCGGAGCAUGUUCCUGUCCACUCCUGCCACAGCCCCUCCGAGCGGCAGCAAGCCAGGCCCUCCUCCACAGAGCAAGCCCAACUCCUCGUUCCGACCACCACAGAAAGACAACCCUACAAGCCUGGUGUCCAAGGCCCAGUCCUUGCCCUCAGACCAGCCCAUGGGGACCUUCAGCCCUCUGACCACCUCAGAUACCAGCAGCCCCCAGAAGUCCCUCCGCACAGCCCCAGCCGCCGGCCCUCCUCCAGGCCGGUCUUCCCCCGCUGGCUCCCCCCGCACCCGGCACGCCCAGAUCAGCACCAGCAACCUGUACCUGCCCCAGGACCCCACGGUAGCCAAGGGGGCCCUGGCUGGUGAGGACGCGGGCAUCGUGACACACGAGCAGUUCAAGGCUGCACUCAGGAUGGUGGUGGACCAGGGCGACCCCCGGCUGCUGCUGGACAGCUACGUGAAGAUCGGCGAGGGCUCCACGGGCAUUGUCUGCCUCGCCCGGGAGAAGCACUCGGGCCGUCAGGUGGCUGUCAAGAUGAUGGACCUCAGGAAGCAGCAGCGCAGGGAGCUGCUCUUUAAUGAGGUGGUGAUCAUGCGGGACUACCAGCACUUCAACGUGGUGGAGAUGUACAAGAGCUACCUGGUGGGCGAGGAGCUGUGGGUGCUUAUGGAGUUCCUGCAGGGCGGGGCCCUCACGGACAUCAUCUCCCAAGUCAGGCUGAAUGAGGAGCAGAUCGCCACAGUGUGUGAGGCCGUGCUGCAGGCCCUGGCGUACCUGCAUGCCCAGGGUGUCAUACACCGGGACAUCAAGAGCGACUCCAUCCUGCUGACCCUUGAUGGCAGGGUGAAACUGUCCGACUUCGGAUUCUGUGCUCAGAUCAGCAAAGACGUCCCUAAGAGGAAGUCCCUGGUGGGAACGCCCUACUGGAUGGCUCCGGAAGUGAUCUCCAGGUCUCUGUAUGCCACUGAGGUGGAUAUCUGGUCUCUGGGCAUCAUGGUGAUUGAGAUGGUGGACGGGGAGCCCCCCUACUUCAGUGACUCCCCAGUGCAAGCCAUGAAGAGGCUCCGGGACAGCUCCCCACCCAAGCUGAAAAAUUCUCACAAGGUUUCCCCAGUGCUGCGAGACUUCCUGGAACGGAUGCUGGUUCGGGACCCCCAGGAGAGAGCCACGGCCCGGGAGCUCCUGGACCAUCCCUUCCUGCUGCAGACAGGGCUCCCUGAGUGCCUGGUGCCCCUAAUCCAGCUCUAUCACAAGCAGACCUCCACCUGCUGAGCCCACCCCGAGUGCACCUGCCACCUGUGCCCAGAGGCAGGGGACACUGGGCAACCGGCUUGCUGGCAGGGCCUGCCUGCCUCAUUCUCUCAGUAUUCUCUCCAAAGAUUGAAUGUGAAGCCCCACCCACACCCUCCUGCCCCCCAGCCCACUGGGCCAGGCCGGACCUGCCCCUUUGUCUUUCUCCCCCCAAGAGAGUCCCCAAUUGUCUUUGGGAUGAUAGAGACCCCUUUUACAGGAUGACCCUUUGUUAUUUGCACAGGGAUAUUUCUAAGAAACACAGAGACCAGCAUUUCUGGCCCUUACAGCCAACACAGCAGAAAAGGCUGCUGCCGGUUUUUAAAGGCAGUCGUACACUAGCAUCCCAGGCCGCCCGGGGGCAGAGUGCCUGUCCUCUCCAGGAUACUUGCUGUUCCCAGCUCCAAUUCCAAACCCUGCUGUCUCAAGAGGGCCACAGGGAAGGCUUUUAUGACCUGAAUCCAUUUUCUUCCCUUGUGUCCAACUUCCUGAAGGCACAGCCCACCUGCAGCUGCCCUGCCGGCACACAGCGCUCAUGCACAGCCUGCCCCGAACGGUGAACAGCCCACUUGUAGGCCAUGGGAGAGGCUGGGGCAUUUUCUGGGUGAAAGAGAAAUAACGGGAUUGGUAGUAAAGGUGGUGCCACUUUACAGGAUGCAUGUGCGUGUGCGUGUGCGUGUGUGAGUGUGUAGGUGGAGAAAGGUCACCCCGUCAGCCUGGCCCCUUUAGUAAGGCUUCCUCAUCCUCUUUCCCACUGAGCUCUGCUCUGAGGGACCUGCUUUCUUGGUCUGGCUUCCCACCCCUUAAGUCCCGUGUCUCUGCCUGACCAGUGAAGAGGUCUGAACGGAGGCGAAUGAAUCCCACGGGCCAGGCAGGUUUCCAAGUUUCUCCUGUACUAUGGAGUAUGAGAG